GGGGACAAAAGUACCUACUCGCAUUAUUGUAUUAAUCAAACUCUAAUUAUUAUUGUCGCUAUUGAAGCAAACACCUUUAGUUAUUGAUAUUUUUUAGAAAAAUGAAAUUUUUAGCUCAAUUUUGCAUUAUAUUUGUCUUCCUUUCUGUAGGCUUGGCUGCUACAGACUUGGACAGUAGUCUUGUUGUAGAAGAACCAAAACUAGGUAGCAUUUUUGACGAUAUAGUUAAAAAAAUCAUUAUAAAUUUAGUUGCUUCCUUACCAAAAACAAUCGAAGUACCCCACUUACCAAUUAGUUUAAAUGAAACUAAACUAAUAACUGGAAGUGUAGAUAUAGCAAACUUAACCCUAAGCGGCCUUAAAGAGUUGGUAGCUACCAAAAUAAAGGUCAAUAUUUUAACUUUAGCUCUACAAGCAACACUUGAAGUGCCAAAAAUCAGUUUCUUUACUAACUACGAUGCCGACGUUAGCGUUUUGGGAAAAAUACCUGUGUUUGGUAAUGGGAAUAUUAGUGCAAAUAUUGAUAAGAUGUUACUGAACAUCGGUGGAAAAGCUAAAUUUACUAGCGGACUGAGUUUAUCAAAUGUAACUGUUUCGUUUACUCUUGGAAAUACUACAAAAUUUUCAGUGAUUGGCCUAUUAGAUGACGAUAAACUAAGUACAUUAUUAACUGAAUCAUUAAACGACGAUUUAGUUUCAUUUUUGAAUGAUAAUGAAACACUGAUUAGUAAUGUGAUCAGUCCAAUUGCUGGUGAACUUAUAAACGCUAUACUUAAUCGUAAAAAACAAGAAUCAUUGGCUGAUUUUAAUUUCGAAGAACUAUUAGAUGAAAUAGCGAAAAUCCAAAAUGAAUAAUAAUUAAAGUGUUUUUUUUUAAUAAAGUUAUUUCUAUAGUGCACAA